GAGAAAAGGCGGCGGCCCGGCGGGGCUGAGAGGCCCGGCGGCGGAGGCGGACCGCGCGGGGCUGCGGGGCGCGGAGCGGCCGGGACCGCGCGGAGCAGCCGAGCACGGCGGCCUCCGCAGGCAGGGCCGCGCGGGGCGAGUUGGACUGGCCAUUAUGGAGGAGGAGCUGCAGCAUUCACACUGUGUGAAUUGUGUCAGUAGACGGUGUAUGACCAGACCAGAACCUGGGAUUUCCUGCGACUUGAUUGGUUGUCCAUUGGUGUGUGGAGCAGUUUUCCAUUCUUGUAAAGCUGAUGAGCAUCGACUUUUAUGUCCAUAUGAACGAGUGCCUUGCUUAAAUAGUGACUUUGGAUGUCCAUUUACAAUGGCUCGAAAUAAAGUUGCUGAACAUCUAGAGAUGUGUCCUGCAAGUGUGGUGUGCUGUACUAUGGAGUGGAACCGAUGGCCAGUUAGUUAUGCAGAUCGGAAAUCAUAUGAAAAUCUAAGCAGAGAUGUUGAUGAAGUGGCACAAUUAGAUAUGGCCUUGGCCCUUCAAGACCAAAGGAUGCUUUUAGAGUCUCUCAAAGUAGCCACCAUGAUGUCAAAAGCGACUGAUAAAGUAUCAGAACCUAGAGAACAAAUCUCAGUUAAAUCAAGUGUCCCAGAAAUACCACAUGCUAAUGGUUUGGUGUCUGUUGAUGAAGAAUCUUACGGUGCACUUUAUCAAGCUACUGUAGAAACAACCAGAAGUUUGGCAGCUGCUUUAGAUAUCCUGAAUACUGCCACAAGAGACAUUGGCAUGUUAAGUACAAGUCUUUGCGCUUCCCCAAGUGAAAUGAAUGAAGAGCAAAAUGCCAGGGGAGGCUUGCAAAAUAAACACUUGAAAGACCAGGACCAUCUUUAUGAGGAUGAGAUAGGAGCAGUAGGUGGAAUUGACCAUAACAACGCAAGUCUGGAUGUCCAGUGUGAACAAAAUGGUUCCAGUGAUUUAUUGUGUGACUCGAAUACCAGUUCUUAUGUCACUUCUGCUCUUUGUAAUGGCUUUUCUUUGGAAAAUCUAUGUACACAGGCCAUGGACCAAAAUCAGAAAUUACAUGGUGAUUCAAAACAAAGUACCUUAACGAAUGGAGAAUGUAUAGCAUCAGAUGGCACCUCACCACCUUCCAGUUCACUUUCAGUAGCAGCACAACUUAGGGAAGCACUACCAUCUAGUGCUCUGCCUAAUGGCACAGUUCAGCAUAUCCUCAUGCCAGAUGAUGGGGAUGAAGGAGCUUUGUGUUGGAGAAAAGUAGAUUUAGGAGACUUGAGGAAUGUUGAUGUCUUAUCUUUAGGUCAUCCUCCAUUCAAAUUUCUUUCUAACUCCUGUUGGUCUAAACCAAAAGAGGAUAAAGCAGUAGAUACAUCAGAUUUGGAGGUUGCAGAAGAUCCAAUGGGCCUCCAAGGAAUAGAUCUAAUUACAGCAGCAUUGCUCUUUUGUCUAGGAGAUUCUCCAGGUGGGAGGGGUAUAUCUGAUAGUCGCAUGGUUGAUGUUUAUCACAUUGACUUUGGGACUCAGACUUUUUCACUUCCAUCUGCAAUAUUAGCUACAAAUACAAUGGUUGGAGAAAUAGCUUCAGCUUCAGCUUGUGAUCAUGCCAACCCACAGCUUUCAAAUCCAAGUCCUUUUCAGACACUUGGGCUGGAUUUAGUAUUGGAAUGUGUUGCUAGGUACCAACCCAAGCAGCGUUCAAUGUUUACAUUUGUUUGUGGACAGUUAUUUAGGAGAAAAGAAUUUUCUUCCCAUUUUAAGAAUGUGCAUGGUGACAUUCAUGCUGGACUCAAUGGCUGGAUGGAACAGAGGUGUCCUUUAGCAUAUUAUGGUUGUACCUAUUCUCAGCGUAGAUUUUGUCCAUCAACACAAGGAGCAAAGAUUAUCCAUGACCGCCAUUUGAGGUCAUUUGGAGUUCAACCAUGUGUAUCUACAGUAUUAGUAGAGCCUGCUAGAAACUGUGUAUUGGGAUUACAUAGUGAUCAUCUAAGUAGUCUUCCAUUUGAGGUCCUACAACAUAUUGCAGGCUUUCUUGAUGGCUUCAGUUUAUGCCAGCUCUCCUGUGUAUCCAGGUUAAUGAGGGAUGUAUGUGGCAGCCUGCUUCAGUCUCGUGGAAUGGUCAUACUGCAGUGGGGGAAAAGGAAGUAUCCAGAAGGAAAUUCGUCAUGGCAAAUAAAAGAAAAGGUGUGGCGAUUCAGCACUGCAUUUUGUUCUGUUAAUGAAUGGAAAUUUGCUGACAUCCUAAGCAUGGCUGACCACUUGAAGAAAUGCAGUUACAAUAUUGUAGAGAAACGGGAAGAAGCCAUCCCAUUGCCAUGUAUGUGUGUGACACGAGAACUCACUAAAGAGGGCCGUUCACUCCGCUCAGUUUUAAAACCUGUACUUUAAAAACUGUAAUUCUACUUGCACACACAUGCAAGCACCUAGUAUAAUUUCUUUGUAAUAUGUGACACUUUAUUAAUGUAUUAAAGAUUACAACUAGAUAAAUUUAUUGCCACUAUGUAUAUAAUGUUUUGAAGUGACAUAUAUUUUUAUAAAGUACUGUUUAGUUGGGAAAAAGUUGCCUUAAUGUUUGAAAUGUGUGAAAUUUUUGGAACUUGCUGGACAGGGUGAUUUAAUUUUUAGCUGCAUAAUUUUCAGAAUUAGUAUUUUUAAUGGUGUGCAUAUUUUGGUUUUUAAAUUUUUUGUUUCUUAAACUAACAAGAUCCUGACCAAUUUGUCCCUCAUGUUUUUUGUGGGUUAUAACCCAUGCAUUCAGAAAGCAAAACUUUGAUUCAAAUUUUUGCAGCAUAAGUUUUUCAGAUAAAGACAUUCAAUUGUUUAAGGACUGCCAUAAAUCAAAAGAUUUUUAUUUUAGUGCUCCCCUUAUACAAUUGUUGAUACAUUGAUGAUCUUUAAUAUAUAUUUAUGUAAUAUUUAAAAUCAUGAUUAAUGUUUGGUAAUGCAUUUAUCAUGUUUUAAAAAUACCCACAAAAGUGUUUUCAUCUUAUGUAUUUGCAGCUCUUAUACAAAGAGUGACCACAUGCAACUUCCUUUUUUUCUAAGACACCACAUCCAAAGACUCUUAGCAAUGUGUUUUAUAAAAUGAAAGCCAACAAAAAGCAUGAACUUAUUUAAAUUUGAAACUCUUCAUGGUAUGAUAUUUUGCUAGGUUUUUGAUAUUGGAAAGAAGAAAAUAUACCUCAUUUAAAGUUCAGAUUGGACAUAUUGUAUGAAUAAAUUUCAAAUAAUCAGAAUGCAAAGGGCUUAACUUUAUUUCCUAAGCAUUUAGAAUUUUUGCCUUUUUAUGUUUAUAAAAGUCACAACUGAUACUAUUUUAAGACGUUUAACAAUGUGAAAUUUGGGGUCUUUGUAAAGUGACAAUCAUGAAAUGGAAAAAUAUGUCUCUGUUGACAGUUUCCUUAAACCAUUUCCAGGUUUAUUUCCCAUAUACUUCUCUACCAAAAUGUAAGAAUUGCAUCUUUGUGUGAAGAUUAAGGUAUAACAGAAAAAUAUUCAGAGUCCUAUUUUUGAAGUAUUGUAUUAUAGUUUUCAAAUUGAUUUACACUAUUAUUAACCUAAUGUGGUCAGUUAAAAAAUGAAUAUAUCAAUAUUUAGAAAUAAAUUUCAAAGAUUGGGGAAUACUUAAAUAAUUUGUUUCAAUUAGCUUUCAGUAUUUGGUAGUCUAAAAUGGAUGACAAGUUAUCUUGUUAUACAAUAUCAAACUUAUAUUGUGUCUUCUCUUGCUACAUUAGUCCCUGAGAGUGCUCUAUUGUUACUAGGGUAACAACACUAUGGCAGUUAAACUGGGCAGAUGUGUUCCUUGGGCAUUAGAGAAGGACUCUGAACUGCUUAAGACUCCUUUUGGUUGGAUCAAGCCCUUAUUACAGUUGAAAAUAUAGCAUUAAAGACUGAUCAAUUGCUUUGUCUCACCUAUCAUUUCAGUUAGAAUAUUUCUCAGUACUUAAACUUUGAACUGUGAGAUUGAAUUAUAUAAAUUGUCUAUUUCUGAAAAAGUCAGAAAUAAGAUAAAAAAACUCUAAGAUAGAACUGCCUUUCCAAGUUUUGCUGAAGAAUGUGUCUGGUUAGGAUAGCACAAACAUUAAUGUUUUGUUUUAUGGUUGUGCUUGUUUGGUUUUUAAGUUUAGAUUCCUUGUUUCUACACUGGAUCAUGAGAUAUUUAACAGUUUUCCACCUUAUAUUUCUUUUACACAUCUUUGGCUGUUUUCUUUUUUGUUUGUUAUGCCACCAUAUGAUUUUGUUAAAAUGUUUUCUUUGUGCAACAUUUGUUCAAAUUCUAAUAAAAUUAAUAUUUUUCCUUUA